AUUAAUUUAACUUAAUGCCCACACCAGAUAGAAAAAAAAAUAAACAUAAAAAAAAAGAAAAAGUUAGCAGCCACAGAUCUUCUUCAAAGCACAAAUCAAAAAAAAAAGUUUAAUUAAUAUUUAAUUAGAAAUCAUCAAGGACAUCUAGUAGAAAUAGAGAUAGGAAAAAUUAUAAAAGAGAUCAUAAAUCUUCACCAUUAAAAAUUCCAAUGUUUGGCUAAGAUUUAAUGAAAAAACUAUAGGAAAUUAAUAAUGGCAAAAGAACUGAUGAAUUGAUGAGUAUAAAUAUAUUAUAAGAAGCUUUAUCGUUACUUCCAUAUAUGAAGCCUUAAUAAAUUAAUAAUGAAUCAAUCAUAAUUGAAUAAAAAUUAUAGAAAGAUAAGAGAAGCAUGCAAAAAUAAAGAUUGCUUAUACCAAUAAAUUACGAUUCUUUUAUGAUCAUUUUGGAUGACCCUUUCUAUAAAGAAUAUCUUUCAGAAGAAAUGCUCAAUUUCAUGAAAAAGAAAUUAAUUAUUAGCAUGAAAAGAUAAGUUAUUGAUUAAAAAUCAGAUAAUUUUUUAUAAAAAAUCGACAGAUUAGAAUAAGAUUUAAAAAAAUAGACAAUUUUUGAAGAAUUAGAGAAUUAAAUUUAGUUAGGUGUUAUUAAUAGUAUUUUCAGUAUUUUGAAUAACAAGAAGGAUUCAGAAAAUGUUUUGGAUCCUGAAAUUAAAGAUAUUUUUUAAUUAAUGGAAAUAGAAAAGCCUGAUAUUAUUCAGGAUGAUUUAUAUUAGGAAGCUAAACAAAUGUUUUUAUGA